AUGGGCCGCUACCGCAUCCGUGUGGCCACCGGGGCCUGGCUCUUCUCCGGGUCGCACAACCACGUGCAGCUGUGGCUGGUCGGGGCGCGCGGAGAGGCGGAGCUGCAGCUGCAGCUGAGGCUGGCGCGGGGCGAAGAGGAGGAGUUUGAUGCGGACGUGGCCGAGGACUUGGGGCCCCUGCAGUUCGUGAAGUUGCGCUCGCUGGUGGACGACGCGUGGUUCUGCGACCGCAUCACGGUGCGGGGCCCUGGAGCCUGCGCGGAGGCCGCCUUCCCGUGCUACCGCUGGGUGCAGGGCAACGGCGUCCUGAGCCUGCCCGAGGGCACCGCCCGCCUGGCAGGAGACAAUGCCUUGGAUCCAUUUCAAAAGCAUCGAGAGAAGGAGCUGAAGGACAGACAGCAGAUCUACCGCUGGGCCACCUGGACAGAAGGGUUACCCCUGACAAUAGCUGCAGAGUGUAAGGAUGAUCUGCCUUUAAAUAUGAGAUUCCAUGAGGAGAAGAGACAGGACUUUGAAUGGACAGUGAAGGCAGGGGCUCUGAAAAUUGUCUUCAAACGUGCUUACACCUUUAUGAAAUCCUUGAACAACCUGGAAGAUUUUAAUCAAAUCUUCUGGAGUCACAAGGGAGCCCUGGCUGAAAAGGUUCACCAGUGCUGGCAGGAUGAUGAGCUUUUUGGCUACCAGUUCCUCAAUGGCGCCAACCCCAUGCUGUUGAGACGCUCCACCUCUCUGCCCUCCAGGCUGGUGCUGCCCUCGGGGACAGAGGAGCUUCGGGCCCAGUUAGAGAAAGAACUCCAGAGUGGCUCUCUGUUUAAGGCUGACUUCAUCCUCCUGGAUGGAAUACCAGGAAACGUGAUCCAAGGAGAGAAGCUAUAUAUGGCUGCCCCCCUUGUCAUGCUGAAGAUGGACCCCAGUGGGAAGCUGCUACCCACGGUCAUCCAGCUCCAGCCGCCCAGCUCCAGCUCUCCCAACCCAACACUGUUCCUGCCCUCAGAUCCUCCACUUGUCUGGCUUCUGGCAAAAACCUGGGUCCGAAAUUCCGAUUUCCAGCUGCAUGAGCUCCAGUAUCAUUUGCUGAACACUCAUCUGCUGGGUGAAGUCAUCGCUGUUGCUACUAUGAGGUGCCUCCCAGGGCUGCACCCCAUCUUUAAGCUCCUGAUCCCUCAUAUCCGCUACACCAUGGAAAUCAACACCCGAGCUCGAGCCACACUUAUCUCAGAUGGAGGACUAUUUGAUAUGGCAGCAAACACAGGUGGAGGGGGCCACAUGCAGUUGCUCCGUCGGGCAGUGACUCAGCUGACCUACUGCUCCCUCUAUCCUCCUGACGACCUAGCUGAGCGGGGCCUGGUGGGAAUCCCAAGUGCUCUCUAUGCCCACGAUGCUCUACGGCUCUGGGAGAUCAUUGCCCGGUAUGUGGAGGGGAUCGUCCACCUCUUUUACCAAAAAGAUGAUGUUGUGACGGGGGACCCUGAGCUGCAGGCCUGGUGUCGGGAGAUCACAGAGGUGGGGCUGUGUCAGGCCCAGGAACGAGGUUUCCCUGACUCCUUCCAGUCUCGGGCUCAGCUCUGUCACUUCCUCACCAUGUGUAUCUUCACAUGCACUGCUCAACAUGCAGCUAUCAACCAAGGCCAGGUCGACUGGUAUGCCUGGAUCCCUAAUGGCCCAUGCUCAAUGCGGAUGCCCCCACCCACCACCAAGGAAGAUGUGACGAUGGCCACGGUGAUGAAAAUACUACCUGAUGCCUGGCAGACCUGUCUUCAAAUGACUGUCACAUGGGUCCUGAGCCGGAAACAGUUGGACAUGGUGCCCCUGGGACAUCACAAAGAAGAAUAUUUCCAAGGCCCAGAACCCAAAGCUGUGCUAAGACAGUUUCAAACAGAUCUGGACAACCUGGAAAAGGACAUUGUGGCCCGAAAUGAGCACCUAGAAUUUCCCUAUGAAUAUCUAAAGCCUAGCUGCAUAGAGAACAGUAUCACUAUCUGA